AUGUUGAGGCUGCCCUGCCUGGCGGGGCUGCUGGCCUUGCUGAUGUCCUCUGUUGCUCCACCGGUGCCUCCCGCUCCCGGCAGUCCCCUGUCAGACAGCGAGUACCAGCUCUUCUUUGCCAGCCUGUGGCCCCCCUGGAAGGCGGAGGUGUCCUGCCAGCUGCGCCAGGCACGCGGCUGCCUCAACCCAGCCAUCCUGCAGCUGGACCAGGAGGAGAACCAUGGCCGUGUCCCCGAAGGGCCGGUCUGCUCCGACAUCCCGGAGGCGCCGUGGUUUCAGACCUUCUGCGAGUUCACCCAGUACCGCUGCUCCAAACACCGUUUCUACAACAAGCGAAUCCCGUGUGCGAGUUUGUCUCCUCCAAAAACCCCUCUCUUCCCGAUGGAGCAACCUCAUGCUGUGGGCUCCUGGGCAAGGGAUGAAAGCUCCCCUACGGAGGAAGCUCCAGAGCAGUCUUCUCUCUCGCCCACUGAUGCCCUGCUGCGCGCCAACGUGGACACUCUCCUGAAGUACUCCUACGCACUGUCAAGUCAGGAAAUGCUGCCAAGGAAGCUCCCGCCGGCCACAUCAGGGAUGCCGAGAUCCCCACAGGACAGGGGGCUGCCUGUGCCCCCGCCGACCUUGCCGGUCCCGCCGACUGCCCCUUUGCCUCCCAAGCUGGGAUCCCCUUCCCGAGUAGAGCAAGCCUGGGAGCAACGCCUGCAGAACAGCGUCUGGCAGCUGAUCCAUGUGGCCCUCGCCUUGGAUACAUCCCUAGGGACCAAGGGCUCUUCUCUAGACUCCGGCAAUCCAGAACCAGGGAGCACAUCAAGCAGCGCCAAGGAAGGGGUGCAGGAAACGACCUCCCGUGGCAGCCUUUUAGACCUGAAGAAGGACGAGGCAGUGACGAUCCUGUGCUAUGCAAUGCUGGAGGGAAACUGCCUCUCGUCGAUGGUCACCCAGGCCUGGAAGGAGAUGGAAGACAGUGUCUUUGGGUUCGGAGAUUCGGUGUGUGACAGCCUCGGGCGGCGUCACAUGGACCUGUGCCCUGACUGUGCUUUCUGCUCACUGAAGAGAGAGCAGUGUCAGAACAUCAAAAACCUGAACCGUGUUCGCUGCGAUACAAGCAGCUUCACCAACUACAUCAACCCUCAGAUCUCAGCCCAGUACCAGGCUGCAGUCAACAAGACCAGCUCCCCGGAAACCUUGGAGUACUAUGGCAUGGAUGUCUUUAGAGGGCUGAGGGCAGAGUACUGGUGCAGCCGGAUGGCCAUCCGUGGCUGUGAGGACCCUCGUGUGACCCUCUGGCUGAAGGCAGAGUACACCACCUUCCAAGAGGGAGAUGACGUGAGCCAGAUCUGCGACUCACGUGGAGUUCAGCACCCCAGCUACUGCGCGUUCAAGAGCUACCAGUGUCUGCAGCAGAGCCUCUACAACCAGAAGCGUUUCACUGUGGUGCCCACCGGAACUCCUCCUGAAAACAUUUUCUCCAGCCAAAAGAGCAGCCGAGCAUCGGAGAAGGCAUCAACCCUGGGAAUCUGGAUUUAG